CCGUCAGCCUGAGCCACCAAAGAAGGAGAAGGAGACAGCUGCAAUUACCACCACUCAGUCAAAGAGAGCAGAUGAAUGGAAGGACCCUUGGCGACGAUCCAAGUCCCCCAAAAAGAAACUGGGGGUCUCUGUCUCUCCCAGCCGGGCGCGCAGGCGCCGAAAAACCUCCGCUUCUUCAGCAUCUGCUUCUGGCUCUUCAAGGUCCUCUUCUCGUUCAUCCACCUAUUCUGGUUCAGGUUCCUCACGAUCUCGUUCCAGAUCAUCAUCUUACAGCUCUUACUCUAGUCGCUCUUCAAGACACAGCUCUUUCUCAGGCAGCAGGUCCAGAUCCAGGUCCUUCUCAUCUUCACCCUCUCCUUCUCCAACACCAUCUCCACACAAGCCGCUUGCGAAGGCCAAAGGGGAGUUGCUACCACCCGCUGGGAAGGGUGAAAAAUCUGUGAAGAAACUUGCUGCCCUUCCAGUCCCUCAGCCGCUCGCUAAAAUUACCACAGCCACACCAGAGCCAGCCAAACCAGGGGAUAAUCGAGAGGCCAGGAGGAAGGAACGUCAGACAAGGACUCCACCCAGGAGGAGAACCAUCAGCGGCAGCAUCAGCGGCAGCUCCAGCAGCUACAGCGGUUCCAGUUCCCGGUCCAGGUCCCUGAGCGUGAGCAGCGUUUCCUCUGUCUCCAGUGCCUCCUCCAGCAGCAGCUCCGUGCGCAGCGCCGACUCCGAGGACAUGUACGCGGACCUGGCCAGCCCCGUGUCCUCGGCCAGCUCCCGAUCCCCCACCCCGGCGCAGCAGAAGAAAGGUAGAGGCAAGUCAAAAAAAGAGGAUAGCGCUAAAGAGGAGAAGCGGAAACGGGAUGUGCCCACCCAGCUCCUGAAAUCAGCCAAGCCCACCCCGGGGGGCAAGUCCCAGCAGCUCCUGCAGACCCAGCAGCCCUCUGCCCCCCAGGCUCAGCAGGGCGGGGGCUUCAGCGCCCACAAGGAGAUCAAACUGACACUCUUGAACAAGGCAGGUGACAAGGGAAGCAGGAAGAGAUACGAGCCAGCAGACAAAGACAGGCCGAGCUCUCCUCCAGCCAAACGGGCCAACCAGUCACCUGACAGAGGCUCUCGUGACAGGAAGGCCGCUGGGAGACUCUCCUCACCCAAGCAGGAGCGACAGAGGAGCCAGAACCCGAAACCUUCCCCUGCACAGACAGACAGGAAGCGCCAGCUCUCACCUCAGUCCAAGAGCUCCAGCAAAGUCACCAGCGUGCCAGGCAAAGCCUCGGAGGCGGGCACGGCGGGUGCCAAGGGGGGCAAGUCCAGCACCCUGUCUCGGCGGGAGGAGCUCCUCAAGCAGCUCAAGGCAGUGGAAGACGCCAUCGCUCGCAAGAGGGCCAAGAUCCCGGGCAAAGUAUAG